GUCCGUACGAUCGGACACACAAUCCGCUUGAAAAGGGAAAAAGGCUUUGGACCUGAUGACUAUAAUUUCAUCAACAGAUGAGGAAUAGGGCUGGGUUUCUUGGAACACCCCAUAAUUUACCUAUCGUUAUUAUCGGAAAUUAAAAACAUUCGUCUUGCCACAUCUCACACGCUACACACAUGCUACUUGCCUCUCCCUCCCGCCCGGAUCACGGUGCCUGAUACCGUGUGUGUGUGCGUCUUUGUGUAAGCCUCUGAUCCAGAUCGGCCACAUUGAUGCACUUUGCAGCGCUCGUCCGACUAGACAGCCUGGAAGCAAUGCACUCCGAGUUCCUGGUAUGCUGUCUUCUUGGAGCUGCUUUUUGAUACGUUCUGUCACCAGUCCGCAGAGACUCUUGGAUUUGUGAAGCGUUUCGGGAGAGCUCGUCGUUUUGACAUACCAUGGUGGAGAUACAGAGCCUUCGUACCAGUUUGCCCCGUAACUUACAUAUUUUAUUGUGGCCUUGACAAAGUUUGAUGCAGGGAAUUUCGAUCGUUGACACCAUCACCGUGGGUGACAAUCAGAACCAAGGAUCGGUACUGCAGCUUCAUACUUAUACAUUGCUACUUAACCUGAGGGCAUGGACAUGUCUCAAGCGUACUUGCAAAAUAAGAAUGCUUGCUGUGGACUUUGGUUGUAGCUUCUUGUCAGUUGGGGUGGAUGUAAUGAAACACAUCCACGCUCAGUCGCGCCACUCGUCAGCCAAGAUCCGUCUGAAUCUGAACAGGCUGAUGGCAAUGCAUAAUCCACCCCCCGGCCAUGGCAUAUUAAAAUGGCCCAGAGGUUUGUGGCGGAAUUUAGGCUUAGGACUCGUUGCAACCUGUGCUCUCUGUUUCAUUGUCGAUUUGUAAAGCGCUAUGAGUUCAGGUGUGGGCAUUCCUUCCGAAUCGAUCACUACAUUUGAGGAGUUAAAGCUUGGACGUCGAUAUGCAUAUAUCACAUAUCGUAUUUCCCCGACGGAUGAUGAAAUAAUCGUUGAUCAUGCUCUCGAGCGAACAGAAGCGGAUGUGUUGGGAGGCAAAGCCACGUUUGAAAAGUUUGAAAAAGAGUUCCCCAUAGACGAAGGACGCUUUGCGGUCAUAGACAUGGAAUUCGAUUGCGGCGGCGAAGGCGUGAGGAGCAAGCUUGUAUUUUUAAUGUGGGCACCUACGACUGCAGGGAUUCGAUCCCGCAUGCUCUAUGCUUGCUCCAAACGUGCACUUCGUCAAAGGCUAGACGGCAUUCACAUGGAAGUCCAAGCGACAGAUCCGUCUGAGCUAGCGUUCGAGACAGUGUUUGAGCAAGUUGCGCCUAAAGGAGCAGUGCCCGUUGCUAAGCCAACUGGGGCAUGAAGAGUGGGUAAAUUACGGAAGGUGGCAAGGGGAUAUAUCGUGUAGUAUACCAUUGCAUAGCAAACGAGCGAUUUUUUUUUUUUCUUUUUUAUUGGGAAUAGCUGCGAGUAACUGCUACAGAUCUCUAUCAAUACAAGAGUUCUUCUUUAGCAAAGAAGCAGUCCUCCCAAAGCAAGCUAUGGAAUUCAUCCUAAAUGUACAUUGGACGAUCUUAAACAAAUAUUCCAUCGCCCAAGAAUCGUUCUAUUUCUACACUAUAUACAAUUGCUUUCACGUUCC